AUGGAAUCUGGCGAGUAUGAAGAAGGCAUGGUGAUUGAAUUCUCUGCAAAUGGGAAUUCCAUGAAAGCAACAGAUGUUCAGGCCAAGCUUGAUGAAGGAAAUAUUCAGGAGGCAGAAUCUUCAUUACGAGAAGGAUUAUCACUCAAUUUUGAGGAAGCAAGAGCCCUUCUUGGAAAGCUGGAGUACCAAAGAGGUAACCUAGAAGGUGCACUUCGUGUGUUUGAUGGCAUCGAUCUUCAAGCUGCCAUAGAGCGAUUGCAACCUUCUCUUGCUGAGAAAACACCUUCUAGGAAGGGCCGAUCUCGUUCUGACUCACAGCAUACAGUCUCACAGCAUGCUGCUAGUCUCGUUCUUGAUGCAAUAUACUUAAAAUCCAAGUCUCUUCAAAAGCUUGGGAGAUUAACUGAGGCUGCUAGUGAAUGCAAAAAUGUGCUUGAUGCUGUGGAAAAAAUUUUCCAUCAGGGCAUACAUGAUGCGCAAGUGGAUGGUAGAUUGCAAGAGACAGUCAGCCAAGCUGUAGAGCUUCUUCCUGAGCUUUGGAAGCAAGCUGGUUACUAUCAUGAAGCAAUAUCUGCUUACAGGCGUGCCCUACUUAGUCAAUGGAACCUUGACAACGACUGCUGUGCAAGAAUUCAGAAAGGAUUUGCUGUGUUUUUGUUGUAUAGUGGAGUAGAGGCUGGUCCACCCAGUUUAGGUGUUCAGGUUGAAGGUUCAUAUGUGCCCAAAAAUAAUCUGGAGGAAGCAAUUCUGCUUUUGAUGAUCCUUUUGAGAAAGUUAUCCCUAGUUUUAGCAAAGCAGCUGGAAGAGAUCAUGCCUGGAGUAUAUCACCGUGUUGAUCGUUGGAAUUCAUUAGCUCUUUGUUAUAGUGGAGCAGGACACAACAACGAGGCUUUGAAUCUAUUAAGGAAGUCUUUACACAAACAUGAACGACCAGAUGAACUCACAGCAUUGUUAUUAGCCGCCAAAACCUGCAGUGAGGAUUCCCAUGUUGCAGCUGAGGGAGUGGGAUAUGCACAAAGGGCUAUUAGUAGUGCUCAGGGGAUGGAUGAACAUUUAAAGGGUGUGGGUCUUCGCUUGUUGGGUCUUUGUUUGGGGAAACAAGCAAAAGUUUCUUCCUCUGACUUUGAGAGGUCCCGGCUUCAGUCUGAAGCACUGAAAUCGCUAAAUGAAGCCAUUGCUUUGGAGCAGAAUAAUUUAGAUUUGAUUUUUGAGUUGGGUGUUCAAUAUGCAGAGCAUCGGAAUCUAAAUGCUGCUUUGCGGUAUGCAAAACAGUUCAUUGAUCGAACAGGGGGCUCCAUAAUAAAAGGUUGGAGAUUGCUUGCUCUUGUUUUGUCUGCUCAACAGCGAUAUUCAGAGGCUCACGUGGUCACUGAUGCUGCUUUGGAUGAGACCGCAAAAUGGGAACAAGGGCCAUUGCUCAGGCUUAAAGCAAAGCUGAAAAUCUCUCAAUCAUUACCCAUGGAUGCAAUUGAAACUUAUCGUUACCUUCUUGCAUUGGUUCAAGCCCAAAGAAAAUCUUUUGGGCCUCUCAGAAUUAGUAAUCAGGUUGAAGAUGAUAAAGUCGAUGAAUUCGAAGUUUGGCAUGGUUUGGCAGACUUAUACUCUAGCCUAUCACAUUGGAAGGAUGCAGAAAUAUGUUUGAGUAAAGCCAGCGAACUGAAGCAGCACUCUGCAGAAACGCUGCACACGGAAGGUGUUAUCUUAGAAGGACGUGGACAAAUUGAAGAAGCUCUAGCAGCUUAUAUUGAUGCUCUUCUGCUAGAACCCUAUUAUGUUCCGUGCAAGAUUUUGAUUGCUGCUCUUCUGUCAAAGAUGGGCUCAGUGGCAUUGCCUGUGGCAAGAAGCUUACUCUCGGAUGCAUUAAGGAUCGAUCCUAACAAUCGAAAGGCUUGGUAUUACUUGGGGAUGAUUCACAGAGAUGAUGGUCGAAUAGCAGACGCCAUCGACUGCUUCCAGGCAGCUUCCAUGCUGGAAGAAUCUGAUCCUAUUGAAAGCUUCAGCUCCAUUCUCUGA